AUGUUUUUAUUGGUAUUGGUAUUAUUGUGCAUCUCAUCUGGCAGUAGUUCCAGACCUUGUGCACGUCAAUGUCAGUGUUUGGAUCAUUCUGAACUGGUGGACUGUCGCACUCGGGGUCUUGCAGUCGUGCCUCAUGGUCUUCCUCAUGGCACGUGGCUCCUCGAUCUGGGAGGCAACAUGCUGACAAAGAUUCGCAGUCAUGCUUUUGCUGGCCUCUGGUCACUUCGCGUUCUUGUGCUGGUCAAUAACAGCAUCCAUGAGCUUCAUUCACAGGCCCUCUACUCUCUGUCCUUCCUGGAGAAACUUGACAUGAGCUGGAACAACAUGAGUCACCUACCUGCAGAUUUCUCCCACAGCUUGUCCUCCUUGAAGGAGCUGCAUCUGGAACAUAAUGUUUUAGAGCUGCUGAAGCCACCAAUCCUGGAAAGACUGGAAAGCCUGGAGAAACUGGACCUGAGCUACAACCGAAUUCGCACUGUUGAACCCGGAGCCUUUAGAGGCCUCACCCGCCUGCGCCACCUAUAUCUUCAGGGAAAUCAGCUUGAUGUUGUGUCAGAUGGCAUGUUUUCCCCAAUGCCCAGUCUGGAAGUGCUGCUUUUGGACAGCAACAAGAUCUCGGUUGUGGAGGUGAAUGCACUGUCGUCACUGCACAGUCUGUCUCUGCUGAGCCUUCAGGGAAACCGUCUGGAACGGCUUAAGUUCAAGACGUUUGUGAACCUGCGUUCGGCUGGGACUCACCUGCAGCUCUCAGCAAACCCAUGGAAGUGUGACUGUGAGCUACACCGCAUCUUCAGCAAGCUGCUGAGUGUUAGGCAUCUUUACGUAGAUGACUAUCGCAAUGUAACGUGUCAUGAUCCUGGGCAGCUGACCGGAGAAUCUCUGGAAAAGGUGGACAGCCAGCUGUGCGCAGCUGAGACGCUGACCGUGCUCAUUAUCACUGGGACAGUGCUGUUUACCGUGCUUGGAGCUCUUAUAAAGGCGGAACACAAACGCAAAAAAAAGAGAUGGCCACACAGUGAGAUACAGAGGCAGGAGAAAUAA